GGAGUGGAGCCCCCGUUGCGCUAUGACAUGCCGCCGCCGCCGGAGACGGCUCGCAUGAGCACCCGCAACGUCUUUGAGACCUACGUCCAAAUGCCGCUGGACCACUUCAAUCCGCAGAACUCGGACACGUUUAUGAUGCGCUACAUGUUUAACGAACAAUUCUUCGCCGGCCCAGGCUCGCCAGUUUUUAUCCUGGUGGGCGGCGAGUGGAACAUCGCGGCGGGGUGGCUGCUCGCAGGCAACAUGUUCGAGAUGGCUCGCGAGAACGGCGGUUAUCAGGUGUACACCGAGCACCGGUAUUACGGCGAGACUGUGCCUUACACAAACUUCACCACCGAAAACCUGCGCUUCCUAAACGUCGACCAAGCCCUGGCCGACCUCGCGUUCUUCAUCCAGAACAUGAAGCAAUCGUCUCAAUUCGCUGACAGCAAGUUCAUUCUCUAUGGAGGUUCCUAUGCUGCCAACAUGGCGCUGUGGUUCAAACAGCGCUAUCCACACUUGGUCGAGGGGGUGGUGGCAUCGAGUGGACCGAUUAAAGGAGAAGUUGACUUCACUGGAUAUUUGGAGGUAGUACACGACGCAUUUUACGCGGAAGGCGGCGAGCAGUGCAUAUCGACCAUCAGACAAGGCAUAUUGGACACCGUGGAAGCUCUGAAGACCGAGGAGGGCCGGCGUGAGUUAGAACAGGCCUACAGGUUAUGCGUGCCACUUCUAGACUACGAUGACGUGUACGAACUAGGCUACUUCUCCGGUUUGAUCAGCUGGAGAUUCUCCGGUAACGUGCAGACGGCGCGGCCGGGCGACCUUCUAGCCAUUUGCAACAACUUCGCCGGAAAUAUAUACGGCACCACCCCGAUGCAGAAGAUUGGGGGUUACAUCGCCCAAUCCGCUGGUUUGCAAACUUGCUGGAAUUUGCAAUAUUCUAUACUGAUUAAUACCUACAGUAACCCUCGAUCAAACUCUCGAGCUUGGUACUACCAGACUUGUACAGAAUACGGGUUCUACCAAACCGCACCCAGGAGUGGCACAGUAUUUGAUCCCUUAAGAUGGCUCAGCGUCGAUUUCUACGUCGAUAUUUGCAAAAAGGCUUUCACAGAGAGAUUCGACGAGGAGUUCGUAUACGACGCAGUGGAGCGAGUGAAUCUGAUGUUCGGCGGCCUGGAACCGAUCGUGAACAACACCAUCAACAUCCACGGCUCGUACGACCCGUGGCACGCGCUGGGCGUGCACGAACACGAUCUCAGGGAGAACUCGCCCACUAUCACAGUGCCGAGGGCAUCUCACUGCUUCGACAUGCAGGGCUGGUUGACCACCGACACCAUCAGAAUGACGCAGACCAAGCAACAGGUGCGCCGCAUCGUGGCUUCCUGGCUCAACUAGAAG